AUGGAAGCAGAUACUCCAAAGAAUGGCGAUUCCCUAUGGGUUAAGCAAGAAAUUGAUAAAAUUCAAUCACAUUUUGUGUCUGAAUUACAUCGAAUUGAAGGUGAUUUUAAUGAACAUUUUACUGCGUUAAACAAUGAAUUUCAAGUACGACAACCAAAAUUAUCAGAAAUUCCACUCCUGAAAAAAUCAACACGUGAAAUUAAAGAAUCUCGUAUUUUUAUACCUCGAAAUUCAGUUUUAACAGAUCUAUUUCAAAUAUCACAUAUUCAAACAUUAAGAAAUGUUUUUGCGGCUACAUUAAUUAUAUUAUUUUUACACGAUACAAUUGAAGGUAUUGUAAAUGAUGGAAGACUAAAUUUAGAUUUCGACGUCAUGUUUGAAAGUUUUGGUAAACUACAUAUUGCACUUUUUAUCUGGUUACUCAUGCAAUUAGCUACAUCAAUUCUUGUGUUUUUUGGAGUUUACUGGUGGGCUAACAGUCGAAAUAGUUUCAAGAAAAAUUUAAAAGCUUAUGAUAUGGCAUGGUUAUUCUCAUAUAUUAGUUAUUUAAUAAUAUUUUUGGUUUUACCUUGUUAUCAAAUUGAGAAACAUCAAUUUCCAGUUGCUUCUGCAUUGAUUGUUUUAUUGGAACAAAUGCGACAAAUGAUGAAAGCUCAUUCAUUUGUUCGUGAAAAUAUUAGAAAAAAUCUUUUAUUAAUCGAAUCCAAAAAUGCAUCUGUUUGUCCAGACUAUUCUAAAUAUUUAUAUUUUUUAUUUGCACCAACAUUAAUUUAUAAAGAUGAAUAUCCACGUACUACAACAAUACAUUGGGAUUAUGUUUUACGAAUGUUUGGACAAGUAUUAGCAAGUGCAUUUUAUGCUUACUAUGUUGUGGAACGUUUUUGUCUUCCAAUAUUUUCUGAUUUAAGUCAAAAUGAAAUAACAUUACCAAUAUUUAUAUCUGUCUUAUUUAAUUCAAUUAUGCCUGGAAGUCUUUUUCUUUUACUAAUUUUUUAUGGUUUUUUACAUUGUUGGCUUAAUGCAUUUGCAGAAAUGCUUCGUUUUGCUGAUCGAAUGUUUUAUCAAGAUUGGUGGAAUUCAACAUCAUUUGCAAAUUAUUAUCGAACAUGGAACAUCGUAGUACAUGAUUGGCUUCAUGCAUAUGUUUAUAGAGAACUUUAUGUGUUAAUGGGCAAAAAAAAUCGUGCAAUUCCUUCAAUUUGUGUUAUACUUUUAUCAGCUGUAUUUCAUGAAUAUGUUAUGUUUUUUGCGCUUGGUUUCUUUUAUCCGGUAAUGUUUAUACUCUUUGGAGUAGUUGGAUUGGCUUUUCUAUUUUUGAUCCCACGUAAUCCUGGUCCAGUUUUCAAUAUAAUGAUUUGGUUAUUUCUUCUCAUUGGUAUUGGUCUUGAAACAUGUUUUUAUUUUAUGGAAUCUUUCGCAAGAAAAAUAUGUCCACCCAGUGAUCUAUUUUGGGACAAAAUAAUGCCUCGAUCAUUUGUUUGUCACAUUGUAUCACCAGCAAGCAAACUUUUACGUGUAGACUUAUAA